AUGGCAGAGGAGGGUUCUGGCUGCCCGGUGCCCCGCCUGCCCUGGGCGUCCAUCCAGAGGGUCGCUCUGGUGGGCGUUGUGGUAGUUGCGAUCUACUGUUUCCUGUGCACCCAGCGCCUCGCGCAGCAGCCGCAGCUCGAGUCACCUGGGCGGGACAUGGCUGAGCUCCAGCUGAACCACACAGGAUGGCGGCAGGACUGCAGGCUGCACUGGCUGGGAGGCCCAGCCCUGGGCCGCUCCUUCGUGCAAGGACCGGAGCUGGACAACGGGCAGCUGCGUGUCCAGCGCAGUGGCAUCUAUAGGCUGCACAUCCAAGUGACACUGGCCAACUGCUCGUCCUCCCUGGGGGCCACCAUGCCCCCCAGGGCCACCUUGACGGUGGGCAUCUGCUCCCCAGCAGCCCACAGCAUUAGCCUGCUGCGCCUCAACUUCCAUGAAGGCUGUGUGGUCACCUCCCAGCGCCUGACACCGUUGGCCCGAGGGGACACGCUCUGCACCAACCUCACUCUACCUCUGCUGCCAUCCCCAAACACUGAUGAGACCUUUUUUGGGGUUCAGUGGGUACACCCCUAA